AUGCCGUUUUUGUUCGAGGUACGUGACAGAGACCCCAACGUUCGAUAUCCGCAACGGCACCUAUCUACUAACCGACCCCACAGAAUCGGGCAGUCACACCAUGCGGCGCAGGUCCCAACCUGAACUGUCGCACAUUCACAGAGCUCCGAGCAAUCAACAAAAAUCCAAGUAAAUCUGAGACACCAGGGUAACAUCAAGCGACUCAAACACCCUUCCGAGCACCCCCGGAGAUCAAGACACAAGCGGAUCCCGUUUUUGUUCGAGGUACGUGACGGAGACCCCAACGUUCGACAUCCGCAACGGCACCUAUCUACUAACUGACCCCACAGAAUCGGGCAGUCACACUACGCAGGUCCCAAAGGCCCCCACAAGCCGGCGGCAGAGACACGCAAGAUAUAGGUGGCAUGCUACAGCGGCCGAGGGCCAGAGCGCUCACCAGCCCCUAUAGACGAGGGGGAACAGAAUGGGGCCGGAUUAGAACCAUCCACCGCUCCUCCAGCUACGGAGAUACCGGCCAGCCAAACACACUCACCCCGGCUACCAAAAAAAAACAUAGCCGACCUUCUUAUGGAAAUGAGAAGAAUGCAUGCAGCGGAUCUCAAUCGCAUUAA